AUGGCAGCUCCUUGGACGGAAUAUCCGUACGCAUCUGCAAAUCCAUACAGGGCGCCCCCUGAUCCACCCGACGCAGAAUGGGAACAAGGUCCAUACCCGAUCACGUAUGAUGGGCAUCAAGGCAUGCCGCAGCCGCAUAUUCCGCGACCGACAGUGCCUGGAUUCCCCUCGCCGGGACCUGGUGGCUUCAUCGAACCCAUCACACCCGUCGCACCACCGGACGCGAACAGCUACGCCUAUUAUGCGUCGCCUCCUUUUCGGAGAUCGUCCCUUCCGUACUAUGAAAGCGACCCGCCAUAUCCAACUGCUGGUGUACCUCAGCCGAACAACGGCGAUUACUUUUCUUUCCCUGAACCGCAGAUACCAUAUGCGCACUCCGCCCCGCCUGCGCCUCCUCCCGCUCGUCGCAGGCCAAGCGUCGACCAGCCACCGCUCCCGCCUAAACCACGAGCGCACGCCGCGCACAGACAUAGUUCUACUCAUGUUGACAGCUCUGAUAGUGACGUUCCGUCAAGGCUUCCUACUCCGAGCUCGGAGAAGCCCCCGCUGCCACCCAAACCGCCUGAGGUCGACCCAGAGCUCCAGCGAGCGCUUGAUCUCUCGCUGCACUCCGAGAGACAGCGACGCGAGACACAGGCUAAAGAGGAUGCCGAACUCGCUCGUGCCUUGCGUGAGUCUCUGUACACCGCGGAGACCCCUCUAGUAAUCCGCACACACGCCUCUUCACACGAGCUUCCGGCUCAUAGUGAUUAUUCCCCCGAGUCCAUCGUUGCAAGCCCUGUUCAGUCGUCGACUCCUUUGCCCAUUUCUUCGCCCCCACCCUCGAGCUAUCAUGCACGCAAGCUUUCACCCUCGCACUCGCACUCGCAUUUACAUUCACACUCACACUCGCAUUCACGCGCUAGUCCCCAUUCUGCCUCCGUCGCGCAGAACCUUGUUCCAUCCACUUCAGGCGAAUGGCCAGCGCCCGACGCAGGCCAUGCACACCUCAUGCACCCGACGAUACCGGAACUCGAGCUCCCAGAAGAGCCUGCGGAAGAGCGGGCAAGGCAUCGUCAUCGUGACAGCAUCGCGCACUCUAAUUCCAGUCAUGCACAUCCUCAUCUAUCGAUGCCCGUCCCGCAGUCUGCCCCGCCGAGCGCGACGUCGCUGGCGCCGCCCGCAAUGCCGCACAUGGCACAUUCCGUACCUGACGCGAAACACGCGCACGCGGCUGCAACGCACAUGUUGCGGAGCGUGUCUGCCGACCCGAGCAUACCGUCGCGAUCGCAAAGUAUGGCGUCUGAUGCAUCAUCGAGUUCCUCUACCAGUAGGCACCGUCAUCCGCGACAUCAAUCGAGUCGGAAGGACUCGUCCUCGUUGAAUGACAAGGCUCCGCCCGUCCCUGCGAAGGAUCUGGAGGUGCCUGAUCCGUGCGGUGCACUUGGUGUGCACCAACAUAUCCCUCAAGAGUUGCUUCGCGGUGUUUCCAUGGGAUUCGGAGCCGCUCCUAUCACCUCCUCGAGAGAGCCCAUGCAUGGUACAAUACCGACCGUGAUCUCCCUUCCCUGGGAGGAGCAGAAGCCGUUUUACAUCCAAGGGCCGGAUUGGCGCAGUCUGCUGAAGCUCAUGGCGCGCCUGAGCUCAACACAAGUGGAGCCGUCCGUGGAAGCUAUCAGAAAGACUAAAGGCGAAAUGAGACUCCGUGUCGUAGUAUCGUUUGUGAGAGUGCAUAGCUCAUCAUCCCACUGGCGUACAGUGUUCUACAUGACGAUUGACCGUCCUGUGCCCCUGAACGCCUCCAAUUCUUCGCGAUACCGCAGUGGUGAUACCACUGUGCUGCCGUAUUCCUAUACUCUGACUCCGCCGCCUCCGCUUCUGCAGGAUGGUGCCGACGCGCCAAUGUCCAAGUACUACACCAUCCCGAGCAUUCCGGGUAACCUUUACCCCACGCUGCCGGUGACGUUCCCCGAUCUGGCCACAUAUCUAGCGUCGGCGCUCGAGGCCUCUCGCGAUGCCGUCCAUGAGUCGCCUGGACUGCGCCGGCUGGCGAAACUCAUUGACACACUGUACCCUGCUAAUCAUCCGAAUGGCCCGGCGGAGGAGGAAGAUGAGAAGAUGGGGAUGCGGCAGAAACUGAAGAACCUCGUUGGCUUUGGACAGAAGGUCUCGAGGAACAGGAAUGAGGAGACUUAUGAUCUGGUGACGCCUUUUAUCGCCGAUGAAUUCGGAAGAUGA